CCGCGUUGGAACUCAGCACUGAAAAAUAUGAGGAUUUCUUCGAGCACCAAGCUCCCCUCAAAGUCGAAUUCUGUUCUCGACAACACAAGAAGACUACAAGGACUCAUCAAGCAACGUUGCCAACUUCAGAAUCACCUUGAGAUCCAAGAGUCGUUGAGUCUGUUCGAUCAAUUGCUCGAAGCAGAUCCCAAGCCAUCUGUUUCCUCCUUCAACCGCCUCUUUGCUUCAAUCCUAAAGACAAUCAAGAAGACCCAAAAUAAAAAUCUAGCUCUUAUCGUCUCCUUAUUCAAUAAGAUGAAGCGGGUUGGAGGCAUUUCACCAAAUGAAUUCACCUACGGCAUCGUGAUUGGUUUUUGCAGCAGCAUGAAUCAUUUCGAUGUUUGUUUUGGGUUGUUUUGCUCCAUGAUGAAGCAAGGAUGGAAUGGCAAUGUUGUAAUUUUCACUUCUCUUGUUAAUGUUCUCUGUAAACAGAACAAGGUUGAAGAUGCAGCCCAGCUGCUCGAUAGAAUGCCGCAGUGGGGAUGCAAGCCUAAUGUUUACACAUACACUACACUUAUCAAAGGGCUGUGCGGCACUGGGAAUAUGAACUUGGCAAUUGAGUUUCUUAAGAAGAUGGAAACACAUGGAGAAGUAAAGCCUAAUGCAAUCACUUACACCACAAUUAUCGACGCCCUUUGCAAACAGGGGGCGAUGGAUAAUGCCAUGAAGAUCUAUGAGGAAAUGAUUUCUGCAGGAAUUUCUCCUGAUAUUGUUGUCUAUACCUGCAUUAUCCAUGGACAUUCUAUUCGAGGAAAUUGGAAAGAAGCAAUAAGAGUCUUCAAAGAGAUGGUAAAUCAUGGUCUCCGUCCAAAUAUUGUAACCUUCAACACGCUGAUGGGCUCCCUUUGUAAACAGGGAAAGACUUAUGAAGCACACAAAAUGGUUGACGUAAUGGCUAAAAGUGGUCUGAAACCUGACAUUAUUUCAUAUAACAUUUUGUUAAAUGGUUAUUCAGAAGAAGGCCGCUUUGAUGAGAUAGCAAUAAUUCUGAACUCCAUGCAAAAGGAGGGUUUGCCGUUUAGUAUUUGGACUUACAAUACCGUGAUUGAUUGCUAUAACAAGAGCAAUAAAAUUAAUGAUGCUAUGCACUUACUCAGGAAAAUGCAAAAGGCUGGAGUGCAGCCUGACAUUGUUUCAUAUAACAUAUUGUUGGAUGGAUUAUGUAAGGCUGGAAGAGUGGAUGAUGUCGAGAGUAUGCGCAAUGAAAUGGUUAACAAAGGGAUCAAUGCUAAUAUGUUCACAUAUAACACGUUGGUGAGCGGAUUUUGCAAACUAGGAAAAUGGGAUGACGCAUUGAGAGUACUCGCCGAAAUGAAUGAUCGAGGAUUCCAUCAAAACGUCAUGACAUACAAUACAAUGAUUGAUGCUCUGUGUAAGGAAGGAAAGGUUAGAGAAGCUCAUAAAUUAUUGGACAUUAUGAUUCAGAGAGGUGAGGAGCCUAACACGGUUACUUACAGCACUGUUAUAGACGGAUAUUGUCUAAUAGGUAAAAUGAAUGAAGGAUUGAAGGUUUUUGAUCUCAUGCUUGCAAAAGGUCAGAACCCAAAUGAAUUUACAUAUUCCAUAUUGAUCAACUCUUAUUGUAGAUCUCAAAAGAUUGACAUGGCUGUGAGGCUUUUCGAGGAGAUGCCUAAUAAAGAACUGAAGCAGACAAAUGUCACCUACAACACCAUGCUUACAGGAUUAUAUCGAGUAGGAAGAGUCAGUGAUGCAAGAAAAAUGCGCGAUAAGAUGAUUCAUGACAAGGUAGCUCUCAACAGUAGUACAUACCAUAUAAUUUUGGAUGGGCUAUGUAAAAACAGAUGCAUCGAUGAAGCAAUGAAUUUAUUCCAAAGCAUGUUAACCCAGAAGUAUACAACAGAUGUUGAGGCCUUUAACAUCAUGAUUAGUGGGAUGUUUAGAGCAGGUAGAACGAAAGCGGCCAAGGACUUCUUCAGUGAUAUGCUUGUUAAAGAACUAGUUCCGGAUAUUGUUACAUAUACGACUAUGAUGCAAGGCCUUAUAAAAGAAGGCUUGUUGGAUGAAGCUGAUAAUUUGUUUCUAUCAAUGGAAGAAUAUGGAUGCUCUUCAGAUUCUACUAUGCUUAAUGUGGUUGUCCGAAGUUUGCUCAAGAGAGGUGAGACAAAGAAAGCCAAGAAGUUCCUUCAUAAGAUGGAUGAACUAAAGUUCCCACUUGAGGCAUCUACUUUCUCCAUGUUAGUUGAUUUGCAUCCGGAGGAUGAGGAUUUUCGAAGUUUUCUGGAGUUACUUCCUGAUUUCACUAAGUGGCAUGCUGAUUCAAAAUUAAGUGCAAAUGUUUUGAAAGGUGAUGGAGAUCAAAGGUUGUUUGGUUGAGAAGAAAUUCAGAUACCACAUUGGUUAGAAUUCCUGAUUUCAGUGGUUGUUGACAAUCUUUAAUGGGCGUGCAUUUUGUUGUGAAGUGACUUCAUUUCUUUUCCUCUAAUUUUGGUUUCUGUUGCAAGGUUAUUUGGUUGAGAAGAAAUUCAGAUACCACAUUGGUUAGAAUUCCUGAUUUCAGUGGUUGUUGACAAUCUUUCCUGAUACAAGUUUAUGAUUUAGGUCUUGUCAUCAACGAUGAGUUCAGCCACAGCACGAGCUUAUAUUCGCAAGAAGGGUUAGUUACGGAUAGACCCCCUGUGCUAUCGCCAAAGUGAACUUACUACCCCUGUGAUUCUAUUUGAAAGAAUGUUUAACUGUGGGUAGACCCCCUGGAGUUUCGCUGAAGUGAACUUACUACCCCUGUGAUUCAAUUGUUGCAUAUAGAACCCCAGAAAGGCUUCUAUUGGUUGCAGAUGGACCCCCCUGAGUAACAAUCUAUUGUCGCAGAUACGAUCUAUCUGCAACAUUAGAACUACAAGGGUAGUAAGUUAAAUUUGGCUAUAGUACAUAGGGAUCUAUCUUAACCAAUAGAACUACAGGGGUAAUAAGUUCAAUUUGGCAAUAGUACAGGGGGUCAGCUGCAGUUAGUCCCUGAGUAAGCCAGAAAAUCUGGUUCUCAGUUAUCAACUGGCACGAAGUAUAUAUAUAUAAUGUGGAAUUACUCAAAAGGUUAGUAUAUUUUGCCUGCCAGAUACAUGUAAAAUGGAACUGCUCUUUUAUAUGUUACUUGUAAACUAUUCCACACAAGUCUAACUUGUUACACAUGAAUAUUUUAUUUUUCAUGAAGCCAGGGAUAUUUAGUUAGCAAGCGGGGCGCUGCUGCUGCUCAGAUUUAUUAUACCUUGCUGUGACUCUUCUGUGUUUGCUCCAUUUGUGCAUAUAAGAUGUCGAUGAAGCUUACCUCUUUAAUGACUACAAGCUGGCAAGAGGCAAGCUGGCAAGAGGGAAAUUCCUAAGGAUUUGGCUUGGUAUAAAGAAGCUUCAUCUCGCCAGCCAAUUCCUGAAGCCUUGGGUAAUAAAUAGAUGGGGACCAUGAUUCAAAAGAAUAUCAGUUGAUUAUGGUACUAGAGUUGCAAAUUAGAAAGUAGAGUGAUGUGCAAAGCAUUGGAAAUGUUGCAAGUACAGAAGAAAGGUAAUCUUUGAUGGAGGUAAUUCCUGCAAAAGAAUAUGGUACUGAUAUCUAUGUUAGCUUUGUAAUCAGACAUCAAUUUUCUUUGGUGUUCUUAAAUUGACAACACUACUCUCCCUUUUUCUUUUGUAUUCCUCUCUUUCUUUGUUCUCUGGCCUUUUUUUGUUUCAAUUGUUAAGAAGACAGUGAUAAAUGA